AUGCUUCGAAAUCGGAUUCUUACCGCAGGAGAAUCUGUUAUCCAUCCAAAGGUUGAGAGAGGUCUUACGGCUCUUGCUGAUGUUGAGGGUGCACGAAUUCAUCUCAAGCAGUUGACAAUUACACAUCAAAUUGCUAGUUUAGAGUCCCUUCAAGAGAUCCUUGUAAGGCAUUAUACUCGGCAACUUCUUCAUGAGAUGUACAAGGUGUUUGGUUCUGCUGGUGUUAUAGGCAAUCCCUUGGGAUUCACAAGGAGUAUGGGGCUUGGCAUUAGAGAUUUCUUGUCAGUGCCUGCUAGGAGCAUUUUUCUGGGCAUUGUGGCAUUUACAUUUGAUGACCAGGCUGUUUCAGAAGUGGAACAGCAGCAGAGUGGUAUUGCUACUCACUCUAAAGGUGUGAUAAAUGGAGUAUUUGAGGGACUCACAGGUCUUCUUCAAUCACCAAUUAAAGGAGCUGAGAAACAUGGCCUUCCUGGUGUCCUGUCAGGCAUAGCUUUAGGUAUUACAGGACUAGUGGCAAAACGGGCUGCUAGUAUUCUUGAAAGUAUUCUUGAAGUUACUGGAAAAACUGCAGAGAGUAUCAGAAAUCGGAGUAGGCUCUAUCAAAUGGGACAACAGCGCUUUAGAGUCCGUCUUCCAAGGCCUCUAAGCAGGGAACUCCCCGUAAGACCUUAUUCUUGGGAAGAUGCUGUUGGAACUUCAGCUCUUGUUGAGGCAGAUGACAGUCUGAGGCUCAAGGAUGAGAUUUUAGUCAUGUGCAAGGAACUUAGACAAGCUGGUAAAUUUGUCAUCGUUACACAGAGGCUUGUAUUGAUUGCUAGCUGCUCAAAUCUGGUGGACUUAGGCAAGCCUGAAUUUCGGGGUGUUCCUGCUGACCUUCACUGGGAAAUUGAAUCAGAAAUCCGUUUGGAGAGUGUUACACAUGCUGACUGUGAUGAAGGAGUAGUGCAUAUAGUCGGAAGCAGUUCAGAUGCCCCUUUGCGGCAAAACCAGAAAGCUAAAAGAAGCAGUGGAGCAAGGGCAGUUCGUUGGAGCAAUCCUACUGGCUCACAAAGAAGAUGCGUACAAUUUGUUGCAGAUUUUGUUUUCUGCAAUAGAAUUAGGAAAGUAGCAUGGGUGGGGAUGUAGGUAUCUUCUGCAACGAAGUAACAUCAAACAAUUCAGAGGCGGAGCUUGUUUACACUUGUUUGAAGGCAACUUCUCACAAUGCUAGUAGACAGAAAACUUGUUACAGACGAGAAGAUGUUUUACGAUGGAGUACGGCAAAUAGGUACAGAGUCGAGCUUCUUUUUACCACAGAAAACUUGUUACAGAAGGGAUUGAAUUUCGAAUGGAGUGAGAAACGAGUCACAGCAUUAAAAAUGCCCGAAACCCGUAGCAUACGCUUCCCCUUGUAGUGAUGUGUUACACAAUGAAAAGAUGGAAUUUCCUUUCUUGUGGUAGAUAGGCAACUUCCACAGAAAAAAUUGUACAGUAUACAGAGAUAAAGGUUAGUUUUCCACUUCCUGAUAUGGGAAAGUCCUCUUCAUAUUUUUACUUGUAUAUUUGUUGUUACUGAACCAUUGAAUGUAUAUGAAUGUUAGUCAGCAGUUAAA